CCAACUACCAUCGCACCACCAAUCGUGACGCCACCUCCUCAUCUUGAAUCACCAAUUGCCAUGCCACCGGCUCCUCUUGAACCACCCAUCGCCCCGCCACCUGCUCAUCUUGAACCUCCACUACCUGCUAAUCCCGUCUGUCAAUCACAAAGUCCCAAACAACCCUUCGUUCUUCUCAAGGACUUUAUUUGUUCGCAGGUGACUCUGCCACCAGAUCCUUUGUCUUCAUCAUUGCUCGGUCUUUCACCCGUCGGGAUGUCGAGCCCACUUCUUUUCCACAGGCAAAUUCAAAUAUCCAUUGGCAGCAGGCUAUGCAUACAGAACUUGAGGCCCUCCAAUCCAACAACACCUGGACGCUCACUUCCCUUCCUCCAGGCAAACGCCCAAUUGAUUGCAAAUGGGUACAUAAAAAUCAAGCGUUGUUCUGACGGUUCAAUUGAGUGGUAUAAAGCUCGACUUGUAGCCAAGGCCUUCACCCAAACAGCAAGCAUCGACCAUCAUGACACAUUCUGUCCCACUGCAAAAAUGAUUACAGUUCGUUGCCUUCUGGUCAUUGCUGCAGCCCGCAAUUGGUCUCUCCAUCAACUUGAUGUCAACAACACAUUCCUUUAUGGCGAUCUUCACGAGGAAAUCUAUGUGUAUCCUCCUCCUGGUCUCCGACAAUAAGGGGAGCACUUGGUAUGUCGCCUCAACAAAUCAUGAUAUGGCCUUCAGCAAGCUUUGGGCCAAUGGUUUGCAAAAUUUACUGAAGCCGUUAAAGCUGCUGGUUUUAUUCAAUCAAAGGCCUAUUACUCAUUAUUCACUCAUAGGCAAGGUAUAUCUUUCACAGCUCUAUUGAUCUAUGUUGGUAAUAUAUUGAUGAUAUAUUGAUCACCGAAAAUGAUGAAAGGCUAUAAAGUCUCUCAAGCAAUUUCUUCAUACUUGUUUUCGUAUCAAGGAUCUUGGGCAUUGAGGUUUCCCGUUCAAAGAAAGGUAUUUGCAUUUCACAGAGGAAGUAUACUCUUGACAUUCUCAAAGAUGGUGGUAUAUUCGGUGCUAGUCCGGUCUCAUUUCCAAUGAAGCAAGGAACCAAGCUCACUGACUGUGGAGGAAUACUCAAGGAUCCAUCUCAAUAUAGGCGAUUGGUUGGUCGUCUAAUCUACCUCACUAUCACAAGGCCUAAUAUUACAUAUAUCAUACAUGAUCUAAGCAGUUUAUCCAUGAGCCGGUAACCACACAUGGAGGCAGCUUUACGUGUACUCAAAUACCUAAAAAAUGCACCUGGACAAAGAUUUCUAUUUUUAGCCGAAAACAACCUGACAUUUCAUGGAGAACGAAGAGGCAAAAGACUGUCUCUCUUUCCUCAGCGAAAGCUGAAUAUAGAGCAAUGAUGGGGACAUGUUGUGAGCUUACAUGGUUGCGAAGCUUAUUGCGUGAUUUACAAUUGCCACAUCCUGAAUAUGCUCUACUUCACUGCGGCAACCAGGCAGCUUUACAUUGUCAAUCCAGUCUUCCACGAGAGAACGCGACAUAUUGAAAUAGAUUGUCAUUUCAUUCAAGACAAGAUUCAGGAUGGUUUAGUUAGCACUAAGAUUCAAGAUGUGUUUACGAAGCCUUUGGGCAAAGAUGACUUCUUGGUUAUGAUACGCAAGUUGGGAGCUUUCAACAUCACUCUCCAACUUGAGGGAGAGUGUUAAGAGGCAAUCUAAAUCCUGAUGAUUGAGGGAUUAUAUUGACAAAUAGGUGUGUAAUAUGUAAAUUGAUUUGUAUUAUUUCUUCCCUUUCUUGUAUAGGAGUUAGAUGCUAGUUUAUAAGAAGACUUUUGUAUAAAUCUUUCUCUCGGAUUUCAAUACAAUAUUCAUUAUGGCAAA